AUGUUGCCUGAAUCAACUGUUGUUGUCCCACUGUAUAUCUAUCCAUUGACGGCUGAAACAUGGGCUCCACUUUAUGCAGCCAUCGAAUCGAACCCAAACAUUGACUUUUUGGUCAUUGUUAACCCCAACAGUGGGCCUGGAGAAUCACCUCUUCCAGAUGAGAACUAUUCGCGAGAAGUUCCUCGAUUGAAUUCAUACCGUAAUGUUUACACCGUGGGCUAUAUCCGAAUCGACUACUGCAACAAGCCCCACUCCGAAGCAUAUGCCGAGAUCGAGCGCUACGCGGGUUGGUCAAAGCAGUACGAGGAGACGCACCUUGGUGUUGGCGGAAUCUUUGUGGAUGAGACGCCCAACCAUCACAAUCCGGAGCGUGCCGAGUAUCUCGAAGAAUUGACCAAAUUUAUCAAGAAUACUCCAGGAAUCCUAGCAGAUCGAUUUGUAAUCCAUAAUCCUGGUACCCCACCGGAUGCCCUGAUAGGUGAAUCCGCCGAUAUGUUUUUCAUUUGUGAGGAGCCUUACCCGCGUUACCGAUCCGAUGAAGUCCAGACGUGGCUAGGACGAUUCAAUUACGACCGGAGUCGCUCCGGUGUAAUGAUCAAUGAGGUCCCUAUGGAGGAUCUCCCGGAUUUGGUUCAUGAACUGCGCCACAAGGUAAAAUACAUUUUUGUGACUGAAAUUGCUGGUGAUUUUUACGAGCGGUUUGGCCCCCUUAGUUGGGGUGCAUUCAUGCAGGCUCUGCAGUGA